AUGAAUAGCUAAUCAGAUUUAAACUCAAAAUUAAUUGAGAAUCCAAAUUAAAGCCCUGAAAAAACUGUUAAAUCUAAUUAAAACAUUUAAAAAAGAGAUGUUACAAUCAACAACCUUAGUAGUAUAGAAAACAGCUUAGUUGGUAGCUGUGAUGAAGAUAUUGAAAAAAUAUUAAACAAUAAAAAUAACGAGUAAUAAUAAGUUGAGUAAACCCCACAAAAGAAAGAAAGGUUUACUUCCUUCAAUAUUGAUGACGAUAUGACAUGGAAAAAUGGUCCUAAAAAAGUAUUUGAUUUAAUUGUAUUUUCUAUGUAGAAUAUCAUUUAUAAUUCAGGACUUUUUAUCACUUAUAUUUGCAAUAUGUAUUUUGUGAGAUUAUAAGAUAGCUCUGAUUUAAUGGCUGGUUUUGGGUUGGCAAGUACAUUUUUCGCUGCUUUUGGAUUUGCUUCUAUUUAUGCCAUGAAUUAUGGUAUGUAAGCACUUGGAUCUCAAGCUUACGGAGCAGGAAAAUUUGAACUUGUUGGCAUCAUCUUCUAAAGAGGACUAUACAUAAAUACACUUUACCUUAUAAUUGUUUCUCCUCUGUUCUUCUACUUAAGAGAUGUUCUUCAAUUAAUUGGAAUUAAUACGAAUAUAGAGAUACAAACAUACAGCAGGCUCUCUUUAUUAUUCAUAUUUUUAAUAUGCAUAGAAAGAAGCUUUCGAACAUAUUUAAAUUGUCAAAGAGAGUAUUUUAUACCCACUUACUGUGCAGUGGUAGCUUAUAUUCUCCAUCCACUUUGGUUGUAUUUGCUAUGCAUAAGAGCUGAUCUUGGAAUUAAUGGAAUAGCUUGGUCAAUGGCUAUUACAGAGGGGCUAACUCUACUUUCAAGUUUCAUAAUUUCUACUCUUCUAAAAAAAUAUUAAAAAACUUGGAAUGGAUUUAGUAGAUAAGCCUUUUCAGGAUGGUGGGAAUACUUAAAGAUUUCAAUUUCAGUUGGAGCAUCCUCUUACAUAGAGUGGUUCUCUUUUGAGCUUCAAACAGUAAUAGUUGGCUUUUUAAAUGAUGAAGACUAAAUGGCUGCCCAUUCUUCGUAAGUUUCUCUGAUGCUUUUUUACUAUAUGAUUCCUAUUGCUUUGAAUCAGACUAUCGGCACUUAUUUAGGUAAUUCAGUUGGAGCAGGCUAAGUUAGAUUAUCUAAGAAUCUUAUUAAAUUAACAUAUAUAAGCAUUGUAAUUUUAAGUAUAAUUAUGAUUGGAAUAGGAGCAGGCUUUCAACCUCUAUUUGUUAAGUUAUACUGCACUAACGAUGAUAUGGAGCAUUACUUUAAACUAAUUAAUAACAUUUAUAUUUACUUUUUUAUGUUUGGAGACAAUCUUCAGGGAAUAUGCUAGUGUGUCUUAAGAACUAUUGGUUAGGAAAAAUGGGCUAAUGUGAUUUUCUUUUCUUGUUUCUUCAUGACUGGAAGUGGGCUUAGUGCUAUUCUAGUUCAUGUAGCACAUUUAGGAGCUCCGGGAGCAUGGUGGGCUUAUGCUAUAAGUGCAUAUAUAGCCGUAUUUUUCUUACUACUACUUCUCAAAAAAACCAAUAUAUAAAAAUGCAUAGAAAAAAUUUCUGAAAACAUAAAAGCCUAAGAACAAUAAGAAAGUGAAGAUGAAGAUAUUAAAUUAGUUAUUGAGGAAUAAGAAGGUUCUUCUUGA